AUGGCCAGUGUAAAUUCUCGAUCAGAACUGUUCCCAAACAGAGCAUUUACGCCUCCUGAUAGCGUUUUUGCGAUGGACGAUGAUCACGAUCCAGAAUUUCAAGCGAGAAUGCCACUUCGGCAUCACUCAUCUUACGAAAAUAUGAACGGAAAAGUCAUCACUGACGACACCCACCAUUAUGAAGACCCUGUCAGACUGAAAGCGCAGAUCAGUACGAUUCGAGGAAGACCCAUCCCCGAACCGAGCAAAUCGAGCAACAAAAGACCAAGAAAGAAGAUCAACGAAACCUAUGAACCUGUUGGGACAAAAGGGCGCAAAAGAACCUUCACAGACGAGUCUUACUCCUCCGAUGGAUACCACAGAGAUCGUUGUUCUACCCUCUUUAAAAUCCUAGCUUUUGUUGGGUUUUUCGUCGGUUUGGCAGCUUUGGCAUUGGUGGUUAUGAUAACCUUAGGAAUGCUAUCUCUUCCUUCGUGCCACGAUUGCAAGAAGGAAAUUGUGCCUGCUUCUUCCUCGAAUUCCGAAGCUUCUGGAUCAACGCAAGAAUUGUGGCAAAUUAUCAAAGAAUUGAGAGAAAACGUGAGCAGAUUGAGUGUGGCAGUUAGAGGGAAAGACGACAUGAUCUCGCAACUUCAGAGACGCGAUUUGGAACACACGAACAAGAUCGCAGAGCUGGAAAGAAUAGCAACUCAGCGAGUAUUCGUCUCUAACAACACGGAUUUUAACGUCAGCGGGCUCAUUGGACCACGAGGUCCACCAGGGAUUCCUGGGCCACCAGGUCCAAAAGGCGACGAUGGUUCAGAUGGAAAACCAGGCAAGACCGGCUCAGGAAAUAUGACAUUGUGUCGCUAUGUGAAGAAAACGAGUGUCUCGUUUACAGCAGACAGUUAUGGCAAUGGACAAAACGUGAUCGUUACUGAGCCAAAAGGAUACAGAAUGAUGGGGGUUACUUGUUCGACGAUUGGAACUUCGGAAUAUAAUUUAAUAACUGAGCAGAAUGAUCAGAAAGUAAGACAUUACGCCUGCGAGUGCAGAGGGGUUUCAACUGUGUUUGCUGCAGGCGAGGGUCGCGCUCAGUGUAUCAUGCAUUACUGGAUCUGCCCAUUAAUUUCAUAG